AAGGAAGAGGAAGAGGAAAGAAGGAAAAGGUGAUUCGGGAAGAGAGUGAUCAUGUCAGGGCGGCCCAGAACCACCUCAUUUGCGGAGAGCUGCAAGCCGGUGCAGCAGCCUUCGGCUUUUGGCAGCAUGAAAGUUAGCAGAGACAAGGAUGGCAGCAAGGUGACUACAGUGGUGGCAACUCCUGGGCAAGGUCCAGACAGGCCACAAGAAGUCAGCUAUACAGACACUAAAGUUAUUGGAAAUGGGUCGUUUGGCGUGGUGUAUCAAGCCAAACUUUGUGAUUCAGGAGAACUGGUUGCUAUCAAGAAAGUAUUGCAGGACAAGAGAUUUAAGAACCGUGAGCUUCAAAUCAUGAGAAAGCUAGAUCAUUGUAACAUAGUCCGAUUGCGCUAUUUCUUCUACUCAAGUGGUGAGAAGAAAGAUGAGGUCUAUCUUAAUCUGGUGCUGGACUAUGUUCCGGAAACCGUGUACAGAGUUGCCAGACAUUAUAGUCGAGCCAAGCAGACACUCCCUGUGAUCUAUGUCAAGUUGUAUAUGUAUCAACUAUUCCGAAGUUUAGCCUAUAUCCAUUCCUUUGGAAUCUGCCAUCGGGAUAUUAAACCACAGAACCUCUUGUUGGAUCCUGAUACCGCUGUUUUAAAACUCUGUGACUUUGGAAGUGCAAAGCAGCUGGUCCGAGGAGAGCCCAAUGUCUCGUAUAUCUGUUCUCGGUACUAUAGGGCACCAGAGUUGAUCUUUGGAGCUACUGAUUAUACCUCUAGUAUAGAUGUAUGGUCUGCAGGUUGUGUACUGGCUGAACUAUUGCUAGGACAACCAAUAUUUCCAGGGGAUAGUGGUGUGGAUCAGUUGGUGGAAAUUAUCAAGGUUUUGGGGACACCAACAAGGGAGCAAAUUCGAGAAAUGAACCCAAACUACACAGAAUUUAAAUUCCCUCAAAUUAAGGCGCAUCCUUGGACUAAGGAUUCGUCAGGAACAGGACUUUUCACCUCAGGAGUGCGGGUCUUCCGACCCCGAACUCCACCAGAAGCAAUUGCACUGUGUAGCCGUCUGCUAGAGUAUACACCAACUGCCCGACUGACUCCACUGGAAGCUUGUGCACAUUCAUUUUUUGAUGAAUUACGGGACCCAAAUGUCAAACUACCAAAUGGGCGAGACACCCCUGCACUCUUUAACUUCACCACUCAAGAAUUGUCAAGUAAUCCACCUCUAGCUGCCAUUCUUAUUCCUCCUCAUGCUAGAAUUCAAGCAGCUGCUUCAACCCCUACAAAUGCCACAGCAGCCUCAGGUUGAAAACCGUUCUAACAGAAAAGGGAAUCAUGAUAGGAGUUGGACAAGAUGCUAAUGCUGGAGAACGUGGACAGACCAAUAAUGCCGCUUCUGCAUCAGCUUCCAACUCCACCUGAACAGUCCUGAACAGCCAGCUGCACAGGAAAAACCACCAGUACUUGAGUGUCACUCAGCAACACUGGUCACGUUUGGAAAGAAAAUUAAAAAGAAAAAAAAAAAAAACCUGUUCAUUUUAGUGUUCAAUUUUUUAUUAUUAUUGUUGUUCUUAUUUAACCUUGUAAAAUAUCUAUAAAUACAAACCAGUUUCAUUGUAUUCUCACUUUGAGGGUGAUCCAGAGGGUGGGAGGGUUGUGGGGAGGGGAAAUCGGAGCACUAAAACACACACUCUCCCACGACAAUCUUUUUAUUUUAAUUUUUUUAUCAAAAGUCUGCUGUUAUAUACUUUAAAAACAGGACUCCUGCCUCAUGCCCCUUCCACAAAAGAAGAAAACUAUGUUCUGUGUUGAAGUUUUUUUUUUACCUUUGUUUUAAAGUCAAGUGUAAGAUACCGGUGUAGUGCACAGCUUGAAAUUGGUUGGGAGCUCAGCAGGUAUAACUCAAUGGGGACUUAAAUGUCACUUGUAAAAUUAAUCCGUAUCCUCGGGUAUCUGAUGAUUUGCCUUUGGCAUGUUGGUGGCAGACAAAACAAAACAAAGCAGAAAUGUAUCAUUUGUAACCCAGGGAGGUCAAUAAAGUUUGAAAAUACACAGAAGAAGAUUCUUAGUUGAUUUGUUAUGGGCUCCCCUCCCCCUCUGUUUUGCUCUUAAUCAGUGCUAGUGCUGAAGAAGCUGGAAGAGUGUGCUUGCUCUGUGAGUGGAUUUUUGCGUGACAAAGGGUUCUCUGCAAAUCUAGUUUCAAACUAGUGACCUAGAAGAGGGAUAAAGAGUACUGAGUCAGCCACUAUGCUCAGAGGUCAGAAGCUGAGCGUGGAGGAAUGGACCAGGCCGGGGGCAGAUCUCGCCACUGUGAAUGAAUUCAUCCAGAUAUAUUUUUCCCCCUAAAGUUGCUUCCCUUGGAAUUAUACACUUGAGAGGAUGUUGUAGUUAAAUAAUGUGAACUGUAAAAGUCUACUGGUUUAUUUCUUAUAUUUUAAUUGCAAAUUGAGCUUGCAGAAAUUGUCACAUUCUGCAUAUACUUCUGAUUUUAAAUCCAAACCUAGAAUCUAUUUAAUUUCCACUUUUUUAACCUAUACUUUAAAAAUCUUAUUUAUUGAUGCAUGUCAGGUAGGCCACUGGUUUAUAGAUGGUAUAAAUAUUAAAAACCACACAUCAGAAUGAUAUAAGCAGUCACUCAUACCUGCUAACUUUAUAAGAAAGAUAAUUAUAUAAAUGUGUGUAUAUAAGUUAUAUAUACAUAUUCAGUACUGCCUUUUUUCUUUUUUGUCCACAUUAUCAAAAUUGACUAAUUGAAGCAUAAAAGUGUUUCUUCCUACACCCUGUUAGAAGUUUUUGUUUCUAUUUUAUUUGUGUAUCAGUGAACAGUAUAAGAAUCAGUCUCUGUGUUUGAAGAAAAAGCAAUAUUCCUUGGAAAGCAAGGAGGAUUGAAGAAUUAUAUUUGCAGUGGAUAAAUGGAUUUUCACAACUAGUUUGUUUUAUACUUUUAAGGUUGACAUCUAUGUGGGCCUUAUAUACUCUAAAAUGAACUUUAGUCACCUUGGUGCUUAUGGGCCAUUACUUGACCUAUGAAUCUUUAAGGCACAAUCAGUUGUACUUUACAUGUAAAGAUUACGUGAGUGAUGGCCACCUUUCCCUUCAACUUGCUGCCACUCCAAACCCAUACACCCUCCAACAUUAGAUAGAACUGUAGGGCUACAGAGAGGGACCCGAGAUCAUUGUAGCCUCCUUUUGCUCUAUCCUCAUUGCCACCACAUUGGCUCAUGUUGGGGUCUCACCCUCAUGGGAUUUGGAAGUGAAAUCUCUUGGCAGCCCUCACACAUGUUCCAACACCCUGCCCUGCUCGAAUCUGUGACUCCCAAGAGAGUCACACUGCCUGCUGAUGUGAACCAACACCCAGAAAGGUAAUUGUGAGCCAUGCUAGUUUUAACUUGCUGUUUAACUAAGCUCUUGAGCCCUUGUGGAUUCUCGAGCCUCUAGUUUUAUCAGAAUUGGUGAGAAAGGAUAAACCAAGUCAAACAAAUUGAAUUUUACUUUUCAUCAUGGGCUUUUGAGAACUGGUUAGAUUUUAAAGAAAUUGAAGCAUUUGCUAGCAUAACUCCUAGUUAAAGGAAAUGAUCUUGACCACUUUUUUCAGAAAGGAUUUAUAAGGAAGCUGAAUAGCAAGUCUGAUAGAAACGGAUCAAACUGCCCAGCUAACCAUUUGUACACAGGCAUUACUCUGGACUUAGCAUUUUUGCUAGAGUUCACAAAAAUCUAUUUAUUUAGGAAAUCUCCACCCCUAACUUCCUCAAAUGGGGUAAGAAAAGAGAGAGGAGUCAGAAGCUUUUCUUUCUUUUUAUUAUCAGUGUGAGUGAGGGCUGCAGCACAUGAAUUUUUCUUAAGGAUCAUGGUGGGAUCACAGACUCUUCUACAAGUGAGAUCCAGGUCUGAAUAUCUUCUUGUAAAUAAUAAUAAUAAAUAAUAAUAAUAAAGCUCCUCACCAAAUUCAAGCUUGUACAUUAUAUUUUCUUUCCAUGUUUUAAAAUUUUUAAGUUUUAUUGUUUUGUAUGUAAAUAUGUGGACCCAGGAACUGUUAUUAAUGAGCAAAAAGUUACUGUUCAGGGCAGUGAUUCUGUUUAAUAAUCAGACAAAAUGUAGACGAGCUUUUUAAAGCCAUAUAGUUUUAACUCUGUACAGUAGGUACUGGCCUGUAUUAUUGUAACAAUAACUAGCAAUGUAUAGUGUAUCUAUAUAGUUUGGAGUGCCUUCGCUUCCAUGUGUUUUUGUUUUGUUUUUUUAAUUUGAAUUAGUUUCUCUACCCAUGUCUCCCUGCUCCAUUCCUUGCAUUUUGAAAUAAUAGCUCACUCAUUAACACAGUGUCUUUGCCUCAGAAUUAGAUUUCAGUAAUACCAUGAUUAGGAGUGGAAAGAAACCACAUUCAUAAUCUCAUGCCAUUCAAAUCUUCCCUUUUACUUCUAAGUGUCAUUUCCUCCUCUGUAGUAAUGACCAGUUUUAUUUCAGUCUUCAAUCAUCCAGGGACUUAGUGUAGUACCAGGGAGUUACAGAGCUGGGGGAUAUUGACUAGAUUAGAUUUUGCUCGUCUUUUUCCCAAACCCUAACUAUGGGUCUUAAAACAGCAGAUCCCCAGGAGCCUUCCAUGCUCAGUCUCUCUUCCAACCUAUUUCCCACCUGAAUGAGAGAGAAUUGGCUUUUAUACAUUGAAGUUUCUUAAGAAAGGUUUUGAUAUAUCAGUAGUCUAAAAUGCUAUUGUGCUGUUAACAUUACUGCACAGACUACAGCUAAGCCGAAAGCGGACUGUUAUUUCAACAAAGGAACUCUUAGAUCAUUCUCUUCCCUCCUGCCACCUCUACACGUUUGAUGGAAUAAUUUCUUUCUAAUUCAACUUAAUUAUUCCUGUGUGCCCAUUCUGAAGGCCUUUUUUGAAAGGAAUAAAAAUUAAAAUCUUUUCUUCCAAGUACUCCAUUUAGGAUGUCAUGAGUAGAAGAAUAAACAAACUUUACCAAACCAAAGGUUGCUCUUUUUGAAACAUCACAUGUUCAUUCAAGCAAGGCAGAAGACUACGUCUUCUUUCCAGUGACAUUGUGUCAUUUUUUAAAUUAUUUUAAUUUUAGACACAUGCUUUGUUUGUGUUUUAUCAAAGCCUGCCUAGCCAGUCAUCUUGUCUGCACCAAUGCAAAGGUUUCUGAGAGAACUAUUAUAUUUCUCUAUUCCUGUGGAUAUAAAGACACUGGCCUUUUAUUUGUUUUUCCCUUUCCUCUUCAAGAGAUUUAGCUUUGGAAUUUUCCAAAGGAAGUUUGGCCAAUGCCAGAUCCCCAUGCAUUUAGGGGGUUUAUCUUUGUUUUAAACCAAAAUUGUAUCUGAUUCCUAUUGUUCAUGUUAGUGAUCAUCUAAUCACAGAGCUGGACACUUUCUCCCCUAAUACAGAAAACUAAAUGAAGCAUGCUUUACAAUAAAAUCUCUUUGGUAGAAACCUGAGCCACUGAAAGGAAGAAAGCUAGAAGCACAGUAGUGUCCCAGCCUAAACUGUAGGUUUGAGAGGCUUUGAAAGUAAUCCCUUGGGUUCAGAUUUUUUUUCACAAGGGUUUAAGAUGGCUUAUUCAAGUCUGUUGCUCCGUUUUUUGCACCUCUGCAAUAAAAGCAAAAUGACAACCAAUGCAUAAGGGGUUAGCUUAACAAAGUAGACUUCCUUGUGUUAAUUUUAUUUUUUUUCUUACUAUAUCUGUCUACAGGCAGAUGCAGAUAGAUGUAUGAAAAUGUGCUUGCCUGUAAAAUUUGCAUUUAUAAAUGUGUUGCCGAUGGAUCACUUGGGCCUGUACACAUACCAAUUAGCGUGACCACUUCCAUCUUAAAAACAAAUCUAAAAAUCAAUAUAUAUAUAUAUAUAUAUAUAUAUAUAUAUAUAAAGGACUGUGGGUUGUAUACAAACUAUUGCAAACACUUGUGCAAAUCUGUCUUGAUAUAAAGGAAAAAGCAAAAUCUGUAUAACUAUUACUACUUGAAUGCCUCUGUGACUGAUUUUUUUUUUCAUUUUAAAUAUAAACUUUUGUGAAAAGUAUGCUCAAUGUUUUUUUCCCUUUCCCCAUUCCCUUGUAAAUACAUUUCGUUCUAUGUGAAUUGGUUUGGAAAUAGUUAACUGGUACUGUAAUUUGCAUUAAAUAAAAAGUAGGUUAGCCUGGAAAUGAAAUUAAAA